GGUCUCGAUACCGUUAGCAUCCUUUUUCCAUGCUGCAGUUCCUCCCAUAUCCUCAAAACUGAAGCUCUGCUGGAAUGCCACCCUCCGGAACGAGACCCAGUCCAUCGGACCGACGCGAGCGCUUGACGCUCUCGAAACUGGCCAGCUAUGAUGAUGUCGCAACGGAUGCCAUGGUUGACCGCGCUUAUUUCUGGACCAAUACACGCAAGAACCGUCCAAAGUACAUUCCGGUGCGAGGAAUUAACGACGACGACGUUGCGCGCAUCCUCCUACACGAUGUUGUUGUUGCCAAGGAUGUGAUGAAAGCAGAGCAAGCCCUGCUGGCGGUUCCAGGAUUGAAGAGAUACAUGGCGAGAUUGCCUAAUGACCGGGAGAAAGAUUGGUUUCGGCGACACCUCCGCAAGUACAUCCAAAUCUAUCUUCCUGACUGUCCGUUUGAGGUCACCACGACCAACAGGUAUACGAUCAUGGUUCAUGAAGCCGCCAUCUGCGCCCGGAAAUUUAUCAAGCAGGGCCAAGAGAUCAAAUACUUAAGCGGAACUCUUGUGCCCAUGACUCAGGAGGAAGAACAGGAUUUAGGCCUGACUCGCAAGGACUUCAGCAUUGUUAUGUCGAGCAGGAAAAAGACCCCGUCCUUUUUUCUCGGUCCUGCUCGUUUUGCUAAUCAUGACUGCAAUGCGAAUGCACGGUUGGUCACUCGUGGUUCCGAGGGAAUGCAGGUCGUGGCCAUCCGGGACAUCCAUAUUGGAGAGGAGGUCACUGUUUCCUAUGGCGAAGAUUAUUUUGGUAUUGACAACUGUGAAUGCCUUUGUUUGUCAUGUGAAAGGGUUGUCCGAAAUGGCUGGGCACCGCAUGUGGAUAGCGAGCCGGAAAGCAAGGAGCCCAGUCCAGCAUUGAACGACGAGAAUGCUUCUGCAGGCGUUGACUCGUCACCUAAGAAAAAACGUAUCUACGCGCAGGAUUCAGAUUCAGAGUCGCCAUUUCCAACCCCUCGCAAGAGAGGAAAAUUUGAACCGCAGAGUUCUAAACUGAGAGAGGAGAUGUCGCUUCCUGAGGUUGCUAUUUCGAUCGAUUCUGCUCCGGAGGAUCACCACCAAAGCUCUACCAUGCCCGAAGUGCAUGGGGAGUUGAAGGGUACUAAUGCUGAAAGCGCAGGCACUGAAACUGAUCCUUCGACAUCCAAUGGCCUUGUGCCUGCUUCUACCGACUGCGAAUCUCCCACUUCAGGGACAACGGAAGAAUCACGACAGUCAUCGACUCUGACUUCACCAACAUCUGUUUGCGGAACAGCGGUAGAAGUCAAGGUAGAAGAAGAAGCGGAGGCAUCUGAGGAGAAACCAAUCUCGACUGCUGUUACCAACGUUGAGCAGUUACCUACAGACGAACAACCCGGCACCGUUGUGGAACGAAAGAAACGCAAGUACCAACGUCGAAGAUUUCUUGUCCCGUCUGACGAGGAUCAGGCGCACCGCGUCCGAGUUCCCGGUGACUACAUCAAAACGUCCAAACUGCUCGCUCAACCAUACGAUCGCUGGGUGGAGUGCCGCACAUGCGAGUGCUGGUUUGUACAAGGAAACUCGUACUUGACCCGGCGAGAAUGCCCUCGCUGCGAACGGCACUCCAAACUCUAUGGAUUCCGCUGGCCCAAGACCGACAAAGAAGGACCACUCGAUGACGAAGAGAGAGUCAUGGAUCACCGGACCAUCCACCGCUUCUUAUACCCCGAGGAAGAGGCUCAGAUUUUACAUCGAGGCCGUGGAGUUAGUUUUGGCAUUACUCCUACACCUGAUCUUUCUGAUACUCGGACUGAAACGGAUGGUGGCAGCGAGCGGACCGAUGAUACACGAAAUGUGAGAACGACCAGACGACGAACUCGACAGAUUCGCGUAAUGAUGUGAUUAUUUAUACCAGGAUUUUUUUACUUCUUUCCAAAUCUUUUCCCUUCAUCGCUCAAUAUUACGAGUUAGACAUCUCGCGGGGGUAACGGUCUUAUGUUAGAGCGCUGUUCUUGAUACCUGCUCUGGAGUUUUGCGCCAGGUCGGCUUGUGGUAUGGGCGAUUUAAAAGAUGUAAUUGUUUUCUAUUCCAUGUGUAUUUUCACAGUCGUUUGUGAAAUGAAGUCGCUGCCGGAAACGGUCAUAUACUUUGAAGUUCUGUACACCAGAUAUUCCCCAGUGCUCCGAAGGUGGAGACCCUAUGUAGACGAUUGUUACCCCGUCUCCUCGGGCACGACUAUAUAUAGUAACGCAUGAAACAAAUAACACAGGUCAACAUGCCAAUUAUUACCAGCGUACCCUGUCCACUCGUGUCCGCAGAGCAUUCGAGCUGUCCAUGGCCAUUCUUGCUUCUGGCUGCGCUAACCGCAACAGGAAGCAGCAGACAUCACGUGCGGUGCAGUACCGCGUACUGGCAGCGUAAUUACAGGCGACUCCCGUAACAGUGAGCGGCCGCAGCUGAACGUUGCUGUAGAAACAGAACGUCAACAUCAAGUUUCACUACCUCGCGAGCAACGCCCUAGCCCGUAUCUAAUAACAGUCCAGACAAUAAUAUCUUUGUUUCUUUCCUCUUCAUCUUCCUUUUUCUGUUUUCUUCUUUGUCCUCAUCGUGUCUUUCUCCUCAACCGUAUCGUCUUUGUCGUCCUCGUUGUGUUUGCGCCUUUAUCCUUCGCUUCUGUUCUUGAUUCCCUCGGGGAGGCUAUGAGUUGCUGUAUGAUUUUCUCACUUUGCACGAUAUCCCUGUAGGGCCUGAUCGUUAUUUUACCUUACCGUCUUUUAUUUGGUUUAAUUGCGUUUUGGAAAUCCUUUGGAGUUGCGCGGACUCGGUGCUCAGUUAGGACUUUAUCUCUGUAACGACCUACCUUCACGACCAACACAAUUGACGAAUCGACUGAUCAACCUAUUGGAUUGGGGAAGACAUCUUCCACAAGCGUGACACGCGUAUUAAGUCGCAAAAAUGGUCAAUGGUGCAGGACAACAGCG